ACACAUUUAGGAACAAACUCAUAGGCCACCAUGGCUGUCUCAAUCAAGUUUCUAGCCAUGCUUGUUUUACUUAUGUUAUCAGCCUUGGCUACUGCAGAAACUUCACUACUUGCACCUUCAUGCGCUGAUGUUACCAAAGCAGUAGCCCCGUGCCUCGACUUCCUGAAAGGCAAAGGUGGUGCAGACCCAUCCCGGGCAUGUUGUGACGGUGCUGGAGAACUUGCUAAAGAAACAAGGACCAAAAAUGAUCGACAAGCAGUCUGCGAGUGUCUUAAAACAGCAUUAGGAAAAGUUGGCUCUUAUGACGCCUCCCGAGUCCCUCUAAUUGCCAAGAAAUGCAAUGUUGAUAUUAAUAUUCCUCCAAUUACUGACCAAACAGAUUGUUCCAAGGCUCUCUAGUGUUAUACAAAAAGUCUUUUGAGUAGCCACGCUAGCAAAGAGUUAAGAGCUGGAAAUGUCAAAAUAAGAGUAUACCAAAUAAAUUAUAUCCAGAUGAAUGGAUCGUCUUUGUAGUAUGUUAUACGACAUAUUUCAUAUGUUAAUGAAUAAUAAGUUUUAAUUAUAUAUUUUUAUGA